GGGUGAGGGGGAGAGGGACCUAUUUAAAGCUACCCUGUUGCUCAGGCUGUCUCUGUCUGUCUGCCAGGGUCUCCAGCUGCCUCAGACAGGCGGUGUGGUCUUGGGAUCCUCCUGGUGACCUUUUCAGCCUAGGUCCCCUCAGCCACUCUACCCCAAGAUGGGUCGUGGGGCAGGGCGUGAGUACUCGCCUGCCGCCACCACUGCGGAGAAUGGGGGUGGCAAGAAGAAACAGAAAGAGAAGGAGCUCGAUGAGUUAAAGAAGGAGGUUGCCAUGGAUGACCACAAGUUGUCCUUGGAUGAGCUGGGCCGAAAAUACCAAGUGGAUCUGUCCAAGGGCCUCACCAACCAGCGCGCUCAGGACAUUCUGGCUCGGGAUGGACCCAAUGCCCUCACGCCACCCCCGACAACUCCUGAGUGGGUCAAGUUCUGCCGUCAGCUUUUUGGGGGCUUCUCUAUCCUUCUUUGGAUCGGGGCCCUCCUCUGCUUCCUCGCCUAUGGUAUCCUGGCGGCCAUGGAGGACGAACCAUCCAAUGAUAAUUUAUACCUAGGUAUCGUGCUAGCAGCUGUAGUCAUCGUCACCGGCUGCUUCUCCUACUACCAGGAAGCCAAGAGCUCCAAGAUCAUGGACUCCUUCAAGAACAUGGUGCCUCAGCAAGCUCUGGUUAUCCGAGAGGGAGAGAAGAUGCAGAUCAAUGCGGAGGAGGUGGUGGUAGGAGACCUAGUAGAAGUGAAGGGUGGGGACCGCGUCCCUGCUGACCUCCGGAUCAUCUCUUCCCAUGGCUGCAAGGUGGAUAACUCGUCCCUAACAGGGGAGUCGGAGCCCCAGACCCGUUCCCCUGAGUUCACCCAUGAGAACCCACUGGAGACCCGCAAUAUCUGUUUCUUCUCUACCAACUGCGUGGAAGGCACUGCCAGGGGCAUUGUGAUUGCCACAGGUGACCGGACAGUGAUGGGCCGCAUAGCCACCCUCGCCUCUGGCCUAGAGGUGGGGCAGACGCCCAUAGCCAUGGAAAUUGAGCACUUCAUCCAGCUGAUCACAGGAGUGGCAGUGUUCCUGGGGGUCUCUUUCUUCGUGCUGUCCCUCAUCCUGGGCUACAGCUGGCUGGAGGCAGUCAUCUUCCUCAUCGGCAUCAUCGUAGCCAACGUGCCUGAAGGGCUCUUGGCCACUGUUACUGUGUGCCUGACACUGACAGCCAAGCGCAUGGCUCGGAAGAACUGCCUGGUGAAGAAUCUGGAGGCGGUAGAGACCCUGGGCUCCACAUCCACCAUCUGCUCCGACAAGACGGGCACCCUCACCCAGAACCGCAUGACGGUGGCCCACAUGUGGUUCGACAACCAGAUCCACGAGGCUGACACCACUGAGGAUCAGUCCGGGGCUACUUUUGACAAACGGUCCCCGACAUGGACAGCCCUGUCUCGGAUUGCUGGUCUCUGCAAUCGGGCUGUCUUCAAGGCUGGGCAGGAGAACAUCUCUGUGUCUAAGCGGGACACAGCUGGUGAUGCCUCUGAGUCAGCGCUGCUCAAAUGCAUUGAGUUGUCCUGUGGCUCAGUGAGGAAGAUGAGGGACAGGAACCCGAAAGUGGCAGAAAUUCCCUUCAACUCUACCAACAAAUAUCAGCUGUCCAUCCAUGAGAGAGAAGACAGCCCCCAGAGCCAUGUGCUGGUGAUGAAAGGAGCCCCAGAGCGCAUCCUGGACCGAUGCUCUACCAUCCUGGUACAGGGCAAGGAGAUCCCUCUGGACAAGGAGAUGCAAGAUGCCUUUCAAAACGCCUACAUGGAGCUGGGAGGACUCGGGGAGCGUGUGCUAGGCUUCUGUCAGCUGAACCUGCCUUCUGGGAAGUUUCCUCGGGGCUUUAAAUUUGACACAGAUGAGCUGAACUUUCCCACCGAGAAGCUCUGUUUUGUGGGGCUCAUGUCUAUGAUUGACCCACCCAGGGCAGCUGUGCCAGAUGCUGUGGGCAAAUGCCGAAGUGCAGGCAUCAAGGUGAUCAUGGUGACUGGGGACCACCCUAUCACAGCCAAGGCCAUUGCCAAAGGUGUGGGCAUUAUAUCAGAGGGUAACGAGACUGUGGAGGACAUUGCAGCACGACUCAACAUUCCUGUGAGUCAAGUCAAUCCCAGAGAAGCCAAAGCGUGUGUAGUGCAUGGGUCGGACCUGAAGGACAUGACGUCAGAACAGCUGGAUGAGAUCCUCAGGGACCACACGGAGAUUGUGUUUGCCCGGACCUCCCCUCAGCAGAAGCUCAUCAUUGUGGAGGGGUGUCAGAGGCAGGGAGCUAUUGUGGCAGUGACUGGUGACGGGGUGAACGACUCCCCGGCACUGAAGAAGGCUGACAUUGGCAUUGCCAUGGGCAUCUCUGGCUCUGAUGUCUCUAAGCAGGCAGCUGACAUGAUCCUUCUGGAUGACAACUUUGCCUCCAUUGUGACUGGCGUGGAGGAGGGCCGCCUGAUCUUUGACAACUUGAAGAAGUCCAUUGCGUACACCCUGACCAGCAACAUCCCUGAGAUCACCCCCUUCCUGCUGUUCAUCAUUGCCAACAUCCCACUGCCCCUGGGUACUGUGACCAUCCUCUGCAUUGACCUGGGCACAGAUAUGGUUCCUGCGAUCUCAUUAGCAUACGAGGCAGCUGAGAGCGACAUCAUGAAACGGCAGCCGAGAAACUCCCAGACAGACAAGCUGGUGAACGAGAGGCUUAUCAGCAUGGCUUAUGGACAGAUUGGCAUGAUCCAGGCUCUGGGCGGCUUCUUCACCUACUUUGUGAUACUGGCAGAGAACGGGUUUUUACCAUCACGGCUGCUGGGAAUCCGCCUUGACUGGGAUGAUCGGACUACCAAUGACCUGGAGGACAGCUAUGGACAAGAAUGGACCUAUGAGCAGCGGAAGGUGGUCGAGUUCACAUGCCACACGGCCUUCUUUGCCAGCAUCGUGGUUGUGCAGUGGGCUGACCUCAUCAUUUGCAAGACCCGUCGCAAUUCAGUUUUCCAGCAGGGCAUGAAAAACAAGAUCCUGAUUUUUGGGCUCCUAGAAGAGACGGCCUUGGCUGCCUUUCUGUCUUACUGUCCGGGCAUGGGGGUGGCUCUCCGAAUGUACCCACUCAAGGUCACUUGGUGGUUCUGUGCCUUUCCCUACAGUCUCCUCAUCUUCAUCUAUGAUGAAGUCCGAAAGCUCAUCCUAAGGCGCUACCCUGGGGGCUGGGUGGAGAAGGAGACGUACUACUGAGCUCACUGGAGAAGAAGAAUGGGAGAGAUGGGGUGCUCUGGAGGUGGUGCUGGGGUGGUGGAGAGAAGAGCUGGGGAAAACUGGGGUUGUAUUUUAGGGGAAGAUUUGAGGGAGACAGAAUGAGGUAACCGAGUGAACCAAGUGGCAGGCUUGGGUAAAUAAGCUUGAGGUGACUGUUCCAACUGUGAACCCUCAGUGUAUGCCGGGGUCCCUUCUUCAGAUCCCUCUCAUCCCACUCUACCAGGGUCUCUACUUUUCCUGAAGCACUGAGGGUUACCCCAGCCCUCCCUAUGUCCCAGCCCUUUACUCUCACCUGUGUUCUUCAAACAGAUCAACACCCAAAGGUUAAUUCUGUCUAAUCCAGAAGGAAAUCCUCUCAGACCGUCAAGUGUUCACAUCUCUGGCUUCAUUCCGCUUCCCAUCCUUGCCUUCCUUAGCUUCCUACCUGAGUCUUUCCUUCAGACCUCGAUAACACAAAACUGUCCUUCUGUGGGUCCAGGAGCCUGAGGCCAGAAAGGGAAGCUGGUUGGGGAGAUUAGGAGUAUCUCCCAGCCAAGGCCAGUCAAGAACCUAGAGAGGAGAGCUGGGCUGGCAAGGAGAGAUUGGGACAUGCUGGCUGAAAGAGACAAAGGGAGAAAAGGUAGGCAGUGACCACAAGUUUGUCCCCUUGAGUCUCCAGGUAGGUGGGGUGGGCUCUGGCUCUGUGUCCUGCCCUUAUAGGCUAGCACUUGAGCAGAUCAAAUUUCCAUCACGUCAGAUUAGCAGCAGGGGCAAGACCAGGAGGCAGUGUGCCACCUUGGGUAGUGGUCACAAGGCUCUUUGUCCACAAGAUUCAGGUGUCACAGAAGGUCCAGCCUUCUCAACCACAUACUUUUGGGAACACCCCUCUCUUUAGAAUAAUUUCUUAAGCUCACCAUGCUGUUCUGAGACCCCAGUUAGCUGCCAGUCCCCACCCCCCGGCUCUCCCGCUCAUUCCCCUUCAUGCCCAUCCUGCUGAACCCAUGUCAUUUCCAGUAUUGCCUAGCUGGUCCUGGAAAAGGCUGUCAGAACUUUAGACAAGAGAGAAAAUCUGAAGAGAAUCUGCCCUGGACCUCUCAGAUGACAGGGCCACCACUCCCAGGCAAGUGCCCAUUUUCCUAGAGACAGGAAGCUGGCUUCAGGUUCCUAUGGUAUAGAGUUGUCUUGCCUUACUCCCUUCUCAUGUAACAUUUUGCUGUCCAUUCUCUAAGCCUGGCCUAGAAAGCAUUGACUAGCUGGACCUAUAUGAGCGAACCAAGCAAGUGACAGAGACAGCAAGAAAAUAGGAAGGCCUAGGAUGGAACCAUGAAAGACAAGAAAAGCAUUAGGCCAGCCCCCAAGGGCUACUGUCUCACCGCAGUGGACUUUUGCUUUAUCGUAAGUCAUGGCCUUGGGCUAGAAGUCUAAAUAGGACACCAUAUUUAUUCAGGCCUGAUUAAUUUGAGAUCACUGACUUUGCACAAAAGUUUACCUUUGCAAAUCAAUAAAGAAGUCAUUUGGUCAGUAAA